AUGACUCCAACCCAGAAAAUCAUCAUAAUCGGCGGCGGAAUGUGUGGUCUCGCCUCCGCAGUAUCCAUCGCACAGGCCUUCUCCUCACACGAGGUCAAACCCCAAAUCGUUAUAUACGAACUUCGCGAGGCACCUAGCACAUUCGGCGGUCCGGUGAACCUCACGCCGAAAGCGCUACGCUGCCUCGAUAAACUGGGCGCGUUCGACGAGUUGAAAGCCAUGAGGGCGGGCUGUGAGGUUGACUCAAUUCAGUUGUUCUCUAUGCGUACUGGAGGGCAGCUUGCUGCGAUAGACUAUGCUGGAUCGGAUGGAAAGGGGUUUGGCGGGUAUAAGGGGUGGAGAGUCAUGCGAUAUCAGCUUCUAUGUGCUAUGAUAAGGGUUGCUGAGCGGCUACCCACGGUUGAGAUUCGGUAUGGGAAGAAAUUGACACGUGUUGAGGAAAUGUCAGAUAGAAUUUGUGUUUACUUCGAGGAUGGCGGGAUGGAUACCGGAGAUAUUGUGCUGGGCUGUGAUGGGAUCCAUUCAGCCGUGAGGAGCCUUUUUGUGGAGGCUGAACGGAAGCCGUUUUACUCUGGAGUGGCAGCGGCAUACGGGUUUGUGGAGAUGAAAGACGUGUUUGGUGAGGACGAAAAACCGUUCUUCACAGAUUCUGGGCUUGUGAUGUCUAGGUAUGGAUCCGCUCUGGCGACAUUCUGUGAUUAUGACCGGAGUAUGAUCUAUGCCGUUCUCUUGAUGGAGAUGGAGGAACAGGGGUCUCGCGAGGGAUGGAAGUCGAUUGGUAAGGAUCAGGAGAGGGUGCGCAAUGAAGGAGCAAGGAGAACGCAAAAGUCACCUAUCCCGAAGAUCGGGCAAAUUAUCGAGAAGGUCGAGGAUUGGAGUCUUUACCCGAUAUAUGUCCUACCUCCAAAUGGUCGAUGGUCUACGAAUCGAGUUUUACUACUAGGAGAUGCGGCUCAUGCGAUGCCGCCUAAGGGGGAAAGUAUUGGUCAUGCGUUUGAGGAUGCAAUCAAGAUAUCACUUAUAUUGUCACACUUUAAUAGUGAACCUCCAAAGGCCGCAUUCGACUUUUACGAAAAUCUCCAACGCAAGAAAACCGAAGAUAUGUAUAAGGUCUCAUCGACCGGUUGGAGGUCCAACCGUGAUAUAGGAGCCAUUGGCGGCAGGCUUCUUGAAUGGUUUACCCCACUGUUUUUGUGGUGGACAAGGGGAAACUCAGAGGAGGAUCUACUUGCAGAUCCGACUGAUAUUCCUUUUCCAGUUACAUAG